AUGUCCAGCACUAUCAAGAACGUUAUUGUGGUGCCAGCAAGCGGACUCAAGGCUGUAGUUGCUGCCCUCCUCGAGUCCCCAUAUGGGUAUUCCGUCUCAGCUCUCACACGAGAGGAGUCCAGCUACACUCCACCAGCCGGCGUCACUCACCUCAGAAGCGUCUACUCAAAUGAGUCCCUCGUCAAGGCACUUAAGGGACAAGACGCAGUGGUAUCAGCCGCCGCAAGUGGAACUAUCCCUCUGCAGAUCAAGGUAAUCGACGCUGCAAUCAAGGUGGGUGUCAGGAGAUUCAUUGCGAGUGAUCAUGGUAGCGAUACAAGAAAUAAGCACUCGCAUGCAAGCGUGCCGUUCUUUGCUGCGAAACAUCAGAUUCAAGAAUAUCUAAAUGAGAAAGAGGGCCAGAUUGAUUGA